AUGUCUGUGCGCACGAAAGUACUCGGUUUAGUGGACGUAAUGAUGCGCGUACCACCCAUAUUGGUCAUCGAUGAGGUACUCAAAAUCAGUAUGGGGCUACCAACGCGUUUUUAUCCCACGCCCACGGACUCCAACUUACUUCAGACCGCCGAAUUCACAGAAAAUCAUACACAGACCCACACCAACAUGCCGACUGAUGCGUCAAUAAUUUUUCCGGAACUCAUCAAUUCCAGCCUUUUAAAUAGUACCAGCAGCAGUGAUGAUAGCCCACUAGAGCGCGCCAUAGUCAAUGCAUCGACAACAGCUGCAACGAGUGGUGUACUUAGCAGUACAUUUGGUGUUAUGAUGAAUGAAUUGGCGCAGGAUACAUUUCUUUCGGAUGUAUUGUCAAUAACAUCGGUGAAGUUUAUUAUCUGCUUAAUAGUUUUUCUAAGUGCUGCUUGCAUAUUUAUGCUGUGGACCCGAUAUCUGGUGAUGGUAUAUAUGUUUGUGAUAUCGCUGGGCUUAACAUUUCUAUCGUAUUGGUCAAAUGUAUCUGCGCUUACCCUUAUGGAAAAGUCACCAUGUAUAUUAGAAGAUUUACUAUCAUUUAAUAGAACACGCCUGCUAGACACCGGUGAAGUUGCUAUGUCGCUGGUGCCACAUCUAGUAGCUCAGUGGUUUAUGGGCAUGCUAUUUGCCUACGUACAUUUGGGGCCACGUUAUCGGAUUGUACAGAAAAUUAUGCCAGUCGUAUUUGCCAGUCCUAUAUUGUUGGCAAUGUUGCCAUUACCGCCACGUUUGAUUAAAGAUUUGCCGGUCUUCGCUGGGGCUGUACCACUAAUACUGACAAAGGCCACAAUGCUCAAUAGUGCGUAUGAUGCUGCGAAAACCGUCUAUAAUGGUUAUCAAUAUGCCAUGAAUUUUGUUUCGAAUUUCGGUUUAUCCGCAUUGAUCGAGAAUGAAUGGCAACGUUUGAAUGUGCCGAGUGUAUUGCGCGUUUUUUGGACAAUAAGAAUUGGUCAAGAAUUUAUUUCUAUCGUAUUGUUGUCGGAUAGUACAACGACAAUAAGUUUCUUUCCCACCAUGCAAAAAUUACUAGUCGAUGGUUGUGAAACGCUCACCGCUGUGCUGGGCAUGACAUCAAUUAUAUCGGUGAUCUGUCAUUACAUUGGACGCGCAUUCCAGUGGUACCUGCUCACAUUCGACAACGAUGAGGAGAAGUCAUUGGGCACUGUUUCUGCUGUACUCUUCUACAUACUCGCUUUGCAGACGGGUCUUACUUCAUUGGCACCCGAUAAGCGUUUUGUACGUUUAUGUCGCAAUUUAUGCUUGUUGAUUACAGCUUUAUUACAUUUCCUACAUAACAUUGUAUCACCGAUACUGAUGUCAUUGAGUGCAGCGCGUAAUCCUUCGCGAAAACGUCAUAUACGCGCUCUGACUGUUUGCGCCUUUCUUGUUGCCACACCGAUUUGUUUGCUGGCGGCGCUCUGGUCGCGACAUACGCCAUCCACUUGGUUACUAGCGGUUACUGCAUUCUCCGUUGAAGUUGUAGUUAAGGUACUCGUUUCGUUGGCCACGUACACGCUAUUUCUGCUCGAUGCGCGUCGACAAACAUUUUGGGAAAAACUUGAUGACUAUCUAUAUUAUGUGCGCGCCUUUGGUAAUUCUGUAGAGUUUUGCUUUGGUAUAUUGCUUUUCUUUAACGGUGCUUGGAUAUUAAUUUUCGAAUCUGCCGAAAAUGUUAUAGGCGGUGCUAUACGGGCCAUCAUGAUGUGCAUACAUGCGUACUUCAACAUUUGGUGUGAGGCACGAGCCGGCUGGUCCGUGUUUAUGAAACGACGCUCGGCCGUACACAAGAUUUCAGCAUUACCCGAAGCAACACCGGCGCAGCUGCACGCUUUCGAUGAUGUUUGUGCAAUAUGUUAUCAGGAAAUGUAUUCAGCAAAAAUUACACGUUGUCGCCACUAUUUCCAUGGUGUAUGUCUGCGAAAAUGGCUGUACGUACAAGAUCGUUGCCCACUGUGUCAUGAAAUCAUGAUGUAUACGGAUAAAAGUGAUGACAGCGAUGCCCAGACGCCUGCAGAGAGUCCAGCAGCUGCGCCCAUACAUCUGUACAAUAAUGAAAUGGACGAGGAUCACAACAACAGCUCAACACCUAGAAUAGCGAGUAAUGCCACAACUACUAGCGCAGCGGCGACAACUUCAUCUGCAGCCGCGGUAGCCACAGCAGCUGCCAGCAAUACAACCACACAAUCACUUCGAGUGUCACAAGAUGUUGGGGUGCAGGAAUAAACUUUUGGGUUAUAGUUUUAAAAGCAUAAACAGUAAAUUAAACGAAAUGUAGAAAAAAAAUAUGCAAACGUAAUGUUGAAUGUGGGUUGCAUGUGAAAAUCGGGAUGGGUGUGAUAGGCAAAAAAAAA